UUUGGCUAUAAUCCAGAAAAUGCUUUUAUGUCCAUAUGAUGAUUGUAAUUACCACACGGAACGGACAUUUAAUCUUAAGCGGCAUACGGAACGACAUAGGACAAAGAAGAAACCGAUUAAGGGAUACAAAUGCUCACAGUGCUCGUACGAGAGUGAUCGCUACCAUAAUGCACUGAAACAUCUGCAGGCAAUCCACCGUGGUAAAGGGUCCUUGGUGAAGUUCGAUAAAACGGAGACUCAGCUGCAGCCGGAACAAGAGGACAAAAAUAAGAAAUCGAUUGAGGGAUUCAAAUGCUCACUGUGCCCGUACGAGAGUGUUCGGUAUCAUAAUGGAAUGAAACAUCUUCAAGCAAUCCACGGUGGUGAAGGGUCCAUAGUAAAAUUCGAUAAAACUGGUAGUGAAAGGUUCGUAGUGAAAUUCGGGACAACCGAAGCUCAGCUACAGCCGAAACGGAAAGAGAAAAAGAAACCGAUUGUGGGAUAUAAAUGCUCACAGUGCUGGUACGAGAGUGAUCGGUAUAAUAAUGCCAUGAAACAUCUGCAGGCAAUCCACCAUGGUAAAGGGUCCUUGGUGAAAUUUGAUAAAACCGAGGCUCCGCUGCAGCCGGAACAGAACGAGAAGCUAGAACUCAACAACGGGUUGGAGGCAAAUUCAAGAUUAGAACGAAGGGAAGAGUUCCACCCAAAUUCAGAGUUGCAUCGGGAAGCUGAGUGGGAGGAGCAGAUAGAGUUUAAGCAGGAACCAGCAUGGGAGAAUACGUCAGAGUUUGAGGAGAGUCUAAAUCUUAGCACCGGAUUGGAGGAGGAAUUCGAUUGUGAACAAAGAGAAGAAUGUGAAUCGCAUCGAGAACCUGAAUGGGAGGAUACAGAGUUUAAGCAGGAGCCACCGUGGGAGGAAGAGCCAGAAUGGGAGCAGGAAUCAAAGUUUAUUCACGAACCAGAGUGGGAGGAUGCCACAGAGUUUGAGGAGAAGAUAGAUGUCAAACAGGAGCCAGAUGUGGAGUAUGUGGACUAUGAAAUAGUGUUCCAGGACGAGAUAGAAGUAAAACAAGAGCUUUAGCGGAUGUAGGUAAGUGCAAUCAAAAGUACUUUCUUUGCAGCGUCAAAAAGGUUUUCAAAUAAGUCGAAAGCUUACCUGCCAUCGAAGUGUUCCAUGUAUGAGCCAGCCGCAAUGCUUCCCAAUUACAUAUACUAAUAUUCAAGAAGUUAAUUCUAAUUGUGGACAAGUUUAUUGUAAUAUAACUAUUGUAAAUAACGUAUUAAUGUCUAAUUAGGCAUGUCAUCGUUUUAGAAUAUUAGUCAUAGACAUCUCAUUAUAAUUACUAUUAUUAAGGAUUUUGAUGUACAAGCCAUGUCAACUACGGCCUUGAAUCCUCGUUGUUCAGUUGCCUGAAUGACUGGGCCAAUAUUUUAUUAUAUGUAUUUCCAACCUAACAUCAUCUUAUUACAAGAUGUGAAUUGUGUAUAAAGUAAAAAUAAGUAAACUAUGUUUUAUGUAAUAUUGACUGUAUUUAUUUAUUCCUAUUAACUACACUGACAUAUAUAACAACA